GUACCCCCCCCGUUUGCUUUAUUUAAAUUAUCUCGUUUCUGCCCGUCUUUUCUCCCUGGGAAGCCGAGGAGCGAGGCGGAUGGCUCAGCGUGCCUGGGAGCGGCUAACCUGGCUGCUCUCGGAGGAGGGCAGGAAGGAGAGAGCAGGAGCAGCAGCUCUCACUGCAGCCUUUUUUUUUAUGCGGGCUGCCCCUUUCCGCUCAAGCAGCGCAGCCUGCCCCGAGCAGCGGGCUGAUCGCCUCCAUCCAGCCGCAUUUGGUAUGCAUGAGCGCUGCUGUUCCCACGCAGGAGCCAGCUUUCUUAAGGAGGAUCGAUCGGUGGCCACGGCCGCGCAGCUCGCCCAGCUUAGCCCAGCCCAGCCCUCUGCCCGCUGCCCGCUCCGGGCGAGCCCUGCCCGUCCCGUCCCUCCCGGUCCCUCCGGGUCCCUGCCCCGCGGCGGGCGGGAUGCGCACGGGGUGCCCGCGCCGGGGAGGGCGGUUUCCGCGGUAGGCGCUGCCAGGUCUGCGGCUGAUCUCCCAGUGGGAUUGAUUUGCGGAGGGUCAUGAAUCAGACCGAUGCUCCCCGGCCGCUGAACUGGACCAUCCGGAAGCUGUGCCAUGCCGCUUUCCUCCCCUCCGUCAGGCUUCUGAAGGCACAGAAAUCAUGGAUAGAAAGAGCAUUUUACAAGAGAGAAUGUGUUCAUAUCAUACCCAGCACCAAAGACCCCCAUAGGUGUUGCUGUGGGCGUCUAAUAGGUCAACAUGUUGGACUGACUCCAAGCAUCUCUGUUAUUCAGAAUGAGAAAAAUGAAAGCAGGCUUACUCGCAAUGACAUCCAGUCGGAGAAGUGGUCCAUCAGCAAGCACACACAGCUCAGUCCGACGGACGCUUUUGGAACCAUUGAGUUCCAAGGAGGAGGCCAUUCCAAUAAAGCCAUGUAUGUACGUGUGUCUUUUGACACAAAGCCUGACCUUCUUCUGCAUCUGAUGACCAAAGAGUGGCAGCUUGAGCUCCCUAAACUUCUCAUCUCUGUGCAUGGGGGCCUUCAGAAUUUUGAACUUCAGCCAAAACUCAAGCAAGUCUUUGGAAAAGGCCUCAUUAAGGCUGCUAUGACAACCGGAGCGUGGAUAUUCACUGGAGGAGUAAACACAGGAGUCAUUCGGCAUGUCGGAGAUGCACUGAAAGAUCAUGCCUCAAAAUCUAGAGGGAAGAUCUGCACCAUUGGUAUCGCUCCCUGGGGGAUUGUGGAAAAUCAAGAGGAUCUGAUUGGCAAAGAUGUGGUCCGGCCAUACCAGACGAUGUCCAAUCCCAUGAGUAAGUUGACAGUGCUCAACAGUAUGCAUUCUCAUUUUAUUUUGGCUGACAAUGGGACUACUGGUAAAUAUGGAGCCGAGGUGAAACUUCGUAGACAGCUGGAAAAGCACAUUUCACUUCAGAAGAUAAAUACAAGAAUUGGUCAAGGGGUUCCAGUGGUUGCCCUUAUUGUGGAAGGAGGUCCCAAUGUUAUCUCCAUUGUUCUGGAGUACCUGAGAGACACUCCUCCUGUUCCUGUUGUGGUAUGCGAUGGCAGCGGCCGGGCAUCUGACAUCCUUGCCUUUGGUCACAAAUACUCUGAGGAAGGAGGACUUAUCAAUGAGUCUUUGAGAGAUCAGUUGCUAGUUACCAUACAGAAGACUUUCACAUACACCCGAACCCAGGCACAGCACCUCUUCAUUAUCCUCAUGGAGUGCAUGAAGAAGAAGGAGCUGAUCACAGUAUUUCGCAUGGGAUCAGAAGGACACCAGGAUAUUGAUUUAGCUAUCCUGACAGCAUUACUGAAAGGAGCUAACGCGUCUGCUCCCGACCAGCUGAGCCUAGCAUUAGCGUGGAACAGAGUAGACAUCGCCCGCAGUCAGAUCUUUAUUUACGGGCAGCAGUGGCCGGUGGGCUCCCUUGAGCAAGCAAUGCUGGAUGCACUGGUGUUGGACAGAGUGGAUUUUGUGAAAUUACUCAUAGAAAAUGGAGUAAGCAUGCAUCGUUUUCUCACCAUCUCCCGGCUAGAGGAAUUGUACAAUACGAGACAUGGACCAUCCAACACUCUGUAUCAUCUAGUCAGGGACGUCAAAAAGCGAGAAUAUCCAGGUUUCGGUUGGAUCUAUUUUAAGGGAAACUUACCUCCUGAUUAUCGGAUAAGUCUGAUUGAUAUUGGUUUGGUGAUAGAGUACCUGAUGGGAGGAGCGUAUCGCUGCAAUUACACCCGAAAGCGUUUCAGAACACUGUACCACAAUUUAUUUGGGCCCAAGAGGCCAAAAGCCCUGAAACUGUUGGGAAUGGAGGAUGAUGUCCCUUUGCGGCGGGGGAGAAAAACAACCAAAAAAAGAGAAGAAGAAGUAGAUAUUGAUUUGGAUGACCCUGAGAUCAACCAUUUCCCCUUCCCAUUCCAUGAGCUGAUGGUGUGGGCUGUACUGAUGAAGCGUCAGAAGAUGGCCCUCUUUUUUUGGCAGCAUGGGGAAGAGGCUAUGGCUAAAGCACUGGUGGCCUGUAAACUUUGCAAAGCUAUGGCCCACGAAGCAUCAGAAAAUGACAUGGUGGAUGACAUAUCCCAAGAGCUGAACCAUAAUUCCAGGGACUUCGGCCAGUUGGCAGUGGAGCUGUUGGACCAGUCAUACAAGCAGGAUGAGCAACUGGCAAUGAAACUGCUGACCUAUGAGCUGAAGAACUGGAGCAACGCCACAUGCCUGCAGCUCGCAGUGGCAGCCAAGCACAGGGACUUCAUUGCUCACACUUGCAGCCAAAUGCUGCUCACAGACAUGUGGAUGGGUCGUCUCCGGAUGCGCAAAAAUUCUGGCCUAAAGGUAAUUCUAGGAAUUCUACUUCCUCCUUCAAUCCUCAGCUUGGAAUUCAAGAACAAAGAUGAUAUGCCUUACAUGACCCAAGCCAAUGAGAUCCAUCUCCAAGAGAAGGAGCCAGAGGAACCAGAGAAACCAGUGAAAGAAAAAGAGGAGGAGGACAUGGAACUCACCGCAAUGCUGGGACGAGGGAAUGGAGAGUCCUCAAGAAAGAAAGAGGAAGAGGAAGUUCAGAGAAGGCACAGACUGAUCCCUGUUGGAAGAAAGAUUUAUGAGUUCUACAAUGCUCCCAUUGUUAAAUUUUGGUUUUACACACUGGCAUAUAUAGGCUACUUGAUGCUUUUCAAUUAUAUAGUGUUAGUGAAGAUGGAUCGCUGGCCAUCUACACAGGAAUGGAUUGUCAUCUCAUACAUUUUCACUCUGGGAAUAGAGAAGAUGAGAGAGAUAUUGAUGUCAGAGCCUGGGAAGCUGUUACAGAAGGUGAAAGUUUGGCUCCAGGAGUACUGGAAUGUUACUGACCUCAUAGCUAUCCUCCUGUUCUCCGUUGGGAUGGUGCUCCGUCUGCAAGAUCUGCCACUGCGGAGCGAUGGACGAGUGAUAUACUGUGUUAACAUCAUUUAUUGGUAUAUACGGUUAUUAGACAUCUUCGGAGUAAACAAGUAUUUGGGACCAUAUGUUAUGAUGAUUGGGAAAAUGAUGAUAGACAUGAUGUACUUUGUCAUCAUCAUGUUGGUGGUUCUGAUGAGCUUUGGUGUUGCAAGACAGGCUAUUCUCUUCCCUAAUGAGGAGCCCUCAUGGAAGCUGGCGAAAAACAUUUUUUACAUGCCUUAUUGGAUGAUCUAUGGAGAAGUGUUUGCAGACCAGAUAGACCCUCCUUGUGGUCAAAAUGAAACCAGAGAAGAUGGCAAAAUAAUUCAGCUACCUCCCUGCAAGACAGGAGCAUGGAUUGUUCCUGCCAUCAUGGCCUGUUACCUCUUGGUUGCAAACAUCCUUUUGGUGAACCUGCUUAUUGCUGUUUUCAACAAUACAUUUUUUGAAGUCAAGUCCAUAUCCAAUCAAGUAUGGAAGUUUCAAAGGUAUCAGCUAAUCAUGACAUUUCACGAAAGACCUGUUCUCCCACCGCCUCUGAUCAUUUUCAGCCAUAUGACUAUGAUAUUCCAACACCUCUGCUGCAGAUGGCGGAAGCAUGAAAGUGACCCGGAUGAGAAAGACUAUGGAUUAAAACUUUUCAUAACUGAGGAUGAACUGAAAAAAGUCCAUGAUUUUGAAGAGCAGUGCAUAGAAGAAUAUUUUAGAGAAAAGGAUGACAGAUUCAAUUCCUCCAAUGAUGAAAGAAUCCGUGUCACUUCAGAAAGGGUAGAGAACAUGGCCAUGCGACUGGAAGAAGUAAAUGAGCGAGAGCACUGCAUGAAGGCGUCUCUGCAGACUGUUGACAUCAGGCUUGCUCAGCUGGAAGAUAUGAUGGGACGAAUGGUGAUUGCCCUAGAAAAACUGACUGGCAUAGAAAGAGGUGAGACAACCAAGAUACGAUCCAGGACCUCAUCCGACUGUACUGAUGCAGCCUACAUUGUGAGGCAGAGUAGCUUCAAUAGUCAGGAAGGAAAUACUUACAAGCUUCAAGAAAGCAUAGAUCCCACUGGAGAGGAAUCCAUGUCCCCAACAUCUCCUACGAUCACACCCCGCAUGCGAAGCCACUCUUUCUAUGCAACAAACAUGAAGGACAAGUGUGGGCUGGAAAAGUUUGAAAGCAUUUUUAAGGAAAGGUCUCCAAGCCUGCAUCGAGCUAUCAGUUCCCACUCGAUAGCAAAAGAAGGAAAGACUCCCUUAGCCCCUACCAGCACUUUGUCAAUUGCCCCAGACUCCAGAAGGCCUUCUUCUUGUAUUGACAUCUAUGUUUCUGCCAUGGAUGAGAUUCAUUCUGACACAGAGCCUCUCGACAGCUCCAUAAAUAUUCUUGGUACUGGAGAUGCAGCUUUGCAGGCUCACAUAGCCUCCUCCAUUUUGGCUAACAGUGCGUACAUUAGCAGUACACCUGGCGAAAAAAUCUCUGGCAGGAGUCUUGAUUGUGAGGAAACCUCUGGAAUAGAAACAAGAGCAUUUUCUUCAGACUAUUCACAAAUCACAGAUUGUCAAAUCCCCUGGGAUUCAGACCCUCCAUUGUAUCAUGCUUUAGAGCGAUCUAAAAGCAGUCGUUAUCUGGCUACAACUCCAUUUAUUCUAGAAGAAACACCAAUUGUGAAAUCUCACAGUUUUAUGUUCUCUCCAUCUCGGAGCUACUUCAGCAGCCUUGGUGUCCCAGUCAAGACCGCAGAGUACACAAGUAUUACAGACUGUAUUGACACAAGGUGUGUGAGUGCUCCCCAGGCCAUCGCAGAGAGGGCCAGUUUCCCUGGAAGUCUUGGAGGUAAAGUGGAGGACUUGGGAUGUUGCCACCCAGAGAGAGAAGCUGAACUAAGCCACCCAAGUUCUGAUCAUGAGGAUAUUGAGGCCAAAGACAAAAAGGGGAUCCCCUUAUCUCCUCAAGAUGGCAAUUCUUCAAGAGCUCUGCCCAACAGCAUCCCAAUUCCUAAAAUAGAGCGGGCCAACAGCUACUCUGCAGAGGAGUCCAACAUGUUAUAUGCACAGCACACACGAAAGAGCUACUCUAUCAGCGACAAACUUGACAGACAGCGAAAUGCAACAGGCCUGCGAAACCCUUUCCAGAGGAGUAAGUCCUCAAGGCCAGAGAGCAGGGGGGACAACCUGUCCAUGAGGAGACUGUCAAGAAUGGGAGCUUUCCGCAGCUUUGAAAGCAAGCACAGCUAGGCCUAGACAAAGCUCACCAGCAGUCCAAGGGUCGCCUGCUCUCCAGUCCAUCUUUCUUAGCAGAACUUAAAAAAUCUCUCUUGUCACUCUUUGCCAGCUCCAGUUGGCAUUAGGCACUGGUCAAGAGAGUACGUUGUUGGUCUCAGCAUUGCCCACUGAGUUACUGCAUCUUGCCCCAGUUGACAUUUGCACUUAAGGAAGAAGGGAGGGAUUAAAGCUGUACAGAGUUUUCAGUAAACAGCAGUUAUAACUAGCCCCUUUAUGAAGUCGCAAGAAAUAAAUUAAUAGGUUCAGAAAUCUGCCUUUUAUUAGAAAGCAUCCUAAGGUCUUUGAUCAUCAUUAAAGUUUGCAGGAUACAGGAAUUAACUGGCAAAAUACAUGUACAAGUUAGAUGUUCUAAACUUCAAUCACAACUUCUUUUUCAUCUGUUUCACUGUUGUGAUGGCUGAUGAAAAGCAUUUAUUUCUGCAGUAAAUGGCAGCAAACAAACCUAAAGUCUCCCAAAUCCCUUGCAUUCCACACUUCUGGAGAUGAAGAAAAAUGAACAAGAUAACAACCAUAACGUUCACUUGUCUCUUUUUGUAUCAACUUCUAGUGCCACAAAAAGUUUGUAUUUUCAAGAGCAGAAAGGGAAAUGAAAUGUCUUUUGUACUGCAACUUAAAUGGAGGAAAGAUUUAUGUUAAAAUAUCAGGUGAUAACCUGUAUAAAACAGGCAUUCUAGAUUCUAGUGCAGCUGAGGAAGCUCAGGAUGAAUGUAAUUAAGUGGAAUAGUAUAUAUUUAUUUUUUUAACCACAUUUGUCACCAGU